AUGACUCGAGAUGAACUACCGGACCUCUUUACCUGCCUCGAAUUCUGUUUGAGUGUGCAGAAAAAUCUGCUUUACUUUUACGAGCAAGAGUCGCAAGAGGCCAAUGAAAUCGACAUUGAACGUCGAGUGAAUGCCCUUAAGAGUACUAUUGAGCACAACUUUUCUGAAAGUGCGGUGGUAUGUCGUGUAACGAAGCAAAUCCUACCGAUUGAACCGGGGAACUCAGAUCAAUUGGAAAUUCAUAUAAUCCCCAAAAUCGACUCUCUAGACCGCGAUCAGCAAAAUUUACUGGUAAAGAAUAUGAAUGGAAACCCACACAGAAUCUACAUCGGUAUGAUAGCUUGGAAGUCAAUAUCGCAUAACAACGUGGCACGUGACCUGGACACAAGAGAUACACUGUCUAGCAGUGUUAAACUACGAGACUGGCUUAAGCAUAGGUUCUGGUUAUCCUUCAGUGAAAGACCAGAACCGAUCCCACCUUCACCGAUGCAAUCAAAGUCUCAAGUGGAGAAUUACUUAUCCAUCGAUGGUCACGUGACAUGCAAGCCAGCGAUACGGCGUUACAUCUUAGAUAUAAUGGUCCAUCUCCGAAUGCACAGGAUGCUGGAUAUCACCAAGGGAGGGGGGGUACACACUGGUUCCCUUGAAGACGUAGUCCAGCUGGCCAAACUGUUGAGUUACAAGAAAUACAACAAGAAUUUCGUGAUACCGGAACAUGUCAAAUUGGCUUGUCAGUGGUAUUUCCCAUUGCAUCUGGAGCUGGUAAGAGACUCCUCGAUGGAUGUCUCUGUGCUCUACGGUAGUAAACCAGAGAUGGUCGAUGGUUUCCUAGACAAAAUUGCUCAAUUGAAGCUGGCUCAGUCCAGCAUGGCACAUAAUCCACUCUUUCUAGAAGCUUUGAUCGUCAGGGACGUUCUAAAAAGGGUGGUCCCUCCCGCUUAG